AUGUGGUGGUUAUUGAUUGUUUGUUUUGUUCAGCCGUCAAUAUCUGAGAUCCGUUAUACAGAAACGAGACAAAGUUUUUAUCAAAUAGCUGGCAUUUUUGAAAACAAUUCGCUCACACAACGACUUGCUUUUAAUGAGAGUAUACGUUACGCCAAUUUGGGAAAAGCUGAAUUACAAUCAAUGUCUGAUGCUCAAGGCGGCAAAGUGAAGGACCUAAGACUCGAACCUGUCAUCUUUCGACCCGGACGAACAGACAGCUACUCAAUAUGGAAAGAUUUAUGUUCAAACACAACCAUGCAACCGAUAGCUAUAUUCGGUCCUCAGAAUUCCGUUACUGACAACAUCAUACGCGAUCAAUGUUACAUAUCAAACAUCCCGCACAUCCAAGCUAACUUGCAGUUAGCUGAUCCUGAUUUGGAGCUGAACCAAGUUGUAGCUACAGACGAGGAAUCCACUGAAGAUCAGGUGCUUAAGUUUAAAAAGAUCUCCAUAAACUUUUACCCGCCGGCAGAGGAUAUAUUGUACGCUUACGCCAUGUUACUAAAGUACUACAAAUGGAAAAACUUCGCUGUUCUCUACGAAGAUGACUUGGGUCUGUUAAGAAUACAGAAGAUACUUUCUGAAUACACAGAAGACUAUCCCCUCACUAUCAGAAGACUAGACCCGAACGCCGAUAACCAUAACAUAUUUAAAGAUCUCAAGAAAUUUAACGAAUAUCGAGUUAUAAUGGAUUGUGACGUUGACCGCGUUGUUCAAUACCUUACAGAAGCCAGAGGAGUGAAUAUGGUCAAUCAUUACGAGCAUUACAUUUUAAUAACGAUGGAUGCGUCUGUGGUUGCGGAGGAACUGCGUCAAUUCCAAUCGAACAUAACUUGGCUCAGUAUAACUGAAUAUGACAAGUUGCAAAACUCUCAACAUUUUCUGACGCCGAGGGUUGGAAGGUGGACGAGCGAAACUAGCGUCGUGUAUCCACCUGUCACUGAUAUCAAAACGUCAGCGCUACUAAUGGAUGACAUAGCGAAUCACGUAUUAAAAGCGUUGCAAAAAGUUGAAAUGGUGGAAACUAUUGAAAACAGAACAAUGAGUGAUAUAUGCGGACCGGAAAGUGAACCAUGGGAGUUCGGCGCUUUGCUUCAGGAUGAAAUAUUGAAGACAAAAACAACAGGCGUCACUGGGAAUAUAGAAUUCAAUGAAUUCGGACAAAGAGUUAAUUACACUCUUUAUGUAAACGAAAUUUAUGUUUCAACGUUGGAUACAAUUGGUACUUGGGACUCGACAACGAGAGGUGAAAUUAUUGAAGAUAGACCGGAAUCUGAAAAUUAUGAUAAAAAGAAAAAUGUUAAACAUUUCUACAUAAUAUCGAAAAAAGCGAAACCGUACUUUUACGAUAAAAUAAAAUGUGCGGAAGAUGAUCCAGAUUGUGUUGAAGAAACAGCUGAUGAAAAUUACGAAGGAUUUUCUGUGGACCUCGUCAAAGAAAUCUUUGAUACUUUGCGGAAACAUAAUUUUAAUUUUACAUAUUCUUUCUUGCCAAAAACAUACACUGAUUAUGGCAAAUAUAGACCAGAAGAAAAGAAAUGGGAUGGCUUGAUAGGAGAUCUCUUAGAUAAGAGUGCCGAUUUAGCUGUAUGUGACCUGACCAUCACUGAGGAAAGAAAAAAAGUCGUCGAUUUUUCAGUACCAUUUAUGUCUUUGGGUAUAAGUAUUCUGUAUAUUAAAGAAAAAGAAGUUGAACCAGCCAUGUUCUCCUUUCUCAAUCCAUAUACAUUCGAUGUUUGGAUUCACACAGCAACGGCGUUUUGUGUUGUAUCAAUUAUCCUUUUUGUGUGUUCGAGAAUAUCUCCAGCAGAUUGGGAAAAUCCACAGCCUUGUGAUAAAGAUCCAGAGGAAUUGGAAAACAUAUGGAAUUUCAAGAACUGUACUUGGCUUGCUAUGGGGUCUAUUAUGUGUCAAGGAUGCGAUAUCUUACCGAAAGCAAUCGGCACACGUUGGGUUUGUUCUAUGUGGUGGUUUUUCGCAGUUAUCGUGUGUCAGACAUACAUUGCCCAACUUUCAGCUUCAAUGACCGAAGCUUUGGAAUAUGAACCCAUUACCAAGGUAGAAGAUUUGUCGACACAAACCAAAGUCCUGUAUGGUGCGAUCGAUGGUGGAUCAACUCUUGGUUUUUUUAAGAAUUCCAAGGAUAAAAUGUUCAAUAAAAUGUAUGAAAAUAUGAUACAAAAUAAAGCGGUUUUAGUUAAAACUAAUAAAGAAGGUGUUAAGAGGGUUAUAAAAGGGAACGGAAAAUACGCCUUUUUCAUGGAAUCCACGUCCAUAGAAUAUGAGCUUAAAAGGAAUUGUGAGCUUAAAAAAGUUGGUGAAGAAUUGGAUUCUAAAGACUACGGCAUUGCUAUGCCCGCUAACUCUCCGUUCAGGAAGUAUAUAAAUCGAGCUAUUUUAGAACUGAAAGAAUUUAUGGUGCUAGAUAAAAUCAAACGAAAGUGGUGGGAGGAGAAGAAUGUGAGCCAACCGUGUGAGGUCGAAGAAGACAAAAACGAUGUGGAGGGAGAUCUUGAAAUGAAAAAUUUAAAAGGAGCGUUUGUUGUUCUCAUAGUUGGGCUUGCUAUCUCCAUUAUAAUUACUGCAUUUGAAUUCAUGAACGAAGUCAGAAAUAUUGUUGUGAGAGAACAGGUGUCACACAAAGAAGUAUUUAUUAAAGAACUGAAGUCUUCGCUGAAUUUCUUUCAACUUCAGAAACCGGUUAUAAGAAAUCCAAGUCGUGCCCCAUCUGUAGCAUCUUCUGACAGCGAGAAGAAGAACAAUAGAAACAACGCCAUUGAAAACUUGUUAGAAUUUGAAAAAGUGCAACAAUAA